AAACGUAUAUUAAGUACGUCUCUAUUUCCCUCUCCCACUCUGAGCCACCCACAGACCCCGAGAGACAACAACUGCAAUCUCCUCCACACACCACAGCCAUCCGUCCAAAUGGCCGCCGACGAAACAACGAAUCUCAGCCAUCCGAUCGACCCUCGCAGUGGCUUCUGCCCAGAUACCAAGACCUUCCACUCCCUCCGCCCGCGGGUUCCACUUCCUCCACUCUCCCAACCCCUCUCUCUCACCCAAUACACCCUCUCUCUCCUCCGCUCCCAAUCCUCUGCACCCGCGCCCACCACCACCGUCCUCAUCGACGCCGCCUCCGGCCGCCACGUCUCCUACUCUCAUUUCCUCGACCAAAUCCACUCUCUCACCUCCUCUCUCGCAGCCUCAUCCUCUCUCUCCAGAGGCCACGUGGCCUUCAUUCUCUCUCCCAGCUCCCUGCACGUGCCCGUCCUCUACUUCGCGCUUUUGGCCCUCGGCGUCACCAUCUCGCCAGCCAACCCACUCAGCUCCCACUCGGAGAUCGCUCACCAGGUCCAACUCAGUAACCCGGUCAUCGCCUUCGCCACGUCAGCUACUUCGCACAAGCUUUCGACUCUCCCCCUCGGCACUAUCCUCCUCGACUCGCCGGAGUUCCUGUCAAUGCUCAACAGGAAUCGUCCUAACUCGGACCGAUUCGACCGAGUCGAGGUGAGUCAGUCCGACUCGGCGGCCAUUCUCUACUCCUCCGGAACCACCGGGCGAGUCAAGGGCGUUCUGCUCACUCACCGGAAUCUAAUCGCCCUAAUCGAAGGUUUUUUUCGGCUCCAUAGUGAGUCGCGUCAGAAACAAAACGGUGAACAGAGCGAGGAACAACCGCAGCCGGUGUCGCUGUUCACGCUGCCGCUGUUCCACGUGUUCGGAUUCUUCAUGCUCGUGAGGGCGAUUGCAAUGGGGGAGACGCUGGUGCUGAUGGAGAAGUUUGACUUCGAGAGCAUGCUGAGAGCGGUCGAGAAAUUUCGGGUCAACUACAUGCCGGUGUCGCCGCCGCUCGUCGUGGCGCUUGCCAAGUCCGAGCUCGUCGAAAAGUACGAUAUCAGCUCUCUCCAGCUGCUCGGCAGCGGCGGCGCUCCACUCGGUAAGGAGGUCGCCGAGAGCUUCGCGGCCAAGUUCCCCAACAUCGAGAUUGUGCAGGGAUAUGGUUUGACUGAGACUGGAGGAGGGGCGGCAAGAAUGAUAGACAUUGAGGAGUCCCAGCGGCAUGGUUCUGUGGGUCGUCUAGCUGAAAAUAUGGAGGCCAAGAUAGUUGAUCCUGUAACUGGAGAGGCCUUGCCGCCUGGCCACAAAGGGGAGCUCUGGUUGCGAGGGCCAACAAUCAUGAAAGGUUAUGUAGGAGAUGACAAGGCAACUGCUGAAACAUUGGAUUCAGAGGGGUGGCUGAAAACUGGAGAUCUUUGUUAUUUUGACUCUGAUGGAUUCCUCUUCAUUGUUGACAGAUUAAAGGAACUUAUCAAAUACAAAGCUUAUCAGGUUCCUCCAGCAGAGUUGGAACAUUUACUCCUAUCCCAUCCUGGAAUUUCUGAUGCUGCUGUGAUUCCGUAUCCUGAUGAAGAUGCAGGGCAGAUUCCCAUGGCUUUUGUGGUAAGAAAGCCUGGAAGCAAUAUCACAGAGGCUCAAGUUAUAGAUUUCAUUGCAAAACAGGUGGCACCAUACAAGAAGAUACGACGUGUGUCUUUUAUAAACUCCAUUCCAAAAUCUCCUGCGGGAAAAAUUUUGAGAAGGGAGCUGGUCACUCAUGCUCUUUCUGCUGGUUCAGCUAGAUUAUGAUCAAUGAUUAGGUUGGAUUUUUGCUUUGGUGUUCUUUAUAGGCAUCAUCUAGACAAGCUUGGAUGUGUAUAUAGAUCAGUUUUUGUCAGCUACUGAUCACAAUCCAACUAGAUAGCCCAAGGGAGUAACUCAAACUUCUGUAAUAUUAUUUCAUUUUUCUGGGUU